AAUAAGACUGUAACGUAACAAAACGUGGAAAAAGUCAAGGAGUCUGAAUUCCUUCCGAAUGCACUGUACAUACAGAAUAAUACGAAAUGCUCUGAGACCAGGUUUGCAACCGUUUAUGUUGGCUUUCCGCAUCUGCAGUGGAAGGUGGCUGAGCUUCAGCGAUGUUUGUCAGACCAUGAAACAUCCGAAACGGUUUGGCUUACAAACUAUUAUGACCCCUCUAUGGAAAGGGGAGACUCUCACGAACAAGGUGAUGUUCUCCGUUUUGUCACAGGUCUCAGCUGAAGGUAACCCAUACAAACGAAUUGAAGUAUGAAGGUAGUUUUCUGCUAACAAAAAUAAGGGGUUACAUUUAAAAUAUAUAUUUUAAAAAUUCAGCUUUCUUAUAUAUCCUAGAUAUCGGAGAGACCAGUGCUUAAUUUGUAAAUCGGGAGGUGCCGGAACAAAAAGUGAGCUCGAGAGUCAGGUGACCUGGGGAGUUCUCAGGUACCGGAACGACUGAAAAAAAUGAAUUACCUUCAUAAUAAAUCUUCGCAUGCUUAUCAUCACAUUUGCGUAGUGGCAUAGAGCAGUAGAAUUGAGGCACUUAUAGAAGUUGCACACAUGGAGAACAUUUUUAGUAGCCUGGGGUCCGGGAAAAUGGUGGUCUUUUAUAAAUGAAUUUCAGUAAUUUUAUGUCAUUUUGAAUCUUUUUUAGUACCGCAAAAAUUAUCGAAAUGACAGGCUACUUUGACACUGACAAACUGAGAAUCUGAGAUCAAUUAAAAACGACCUUGUCUUGAAUCCAUCAAUAUUCUAGGCCUAGUUGUGUGAAGACACAUAUUGUAGGCUACAAUAUGCGGGGCAAAUUAUAGUCCUAAAAAUGCUUCCAGUUUGACUGACUCACUCAGCUAACUCGAUGGUGAUGGCCGAUGCUUGUGCCAAAAUCCUCUCCCUCUCGCUCUCUUUUUUGUAAAAAUACUACUUCGAAGUUGAUCAAAUAUUUUGGUAGCCUACAGCAGAGUCUUCUCUUUUCAGCAGGAGUCAUUUGCCUUACAACCUGUAAUUUCGCUUGAUUGUACUUAAAAUAUUCAAAUAUUGCGAAAGGCCUGUUUAUUCAGAUCUGACAGAUUUGCCACUCGUUCCCGGAUGUAGGCUAUUCCUUGUUUAUUAGGUUACAAUCCACAGCUACUGAUCCUCUGUCACUAAAUUAUAAAUUAUUGUUAUUGUGUAGUGGGCUAUUCUGAAUGAUUUAAUCGAUUUCUGAACAGACAGCAGUAAUAAUAUAACUUUGGCAAAUGUAUUUAAAUGUAUCGAGGGUGCUGCAGUUCGUUCAGAAUCCUUCGUAUGGCUAUGCUUCUAUGAGGAAAUGAGGAAUGUGAGUUGCAGGCUCAUGUCUAUCAGAGUAGAGAGAGGGAGAGAGGUCAUAGAAAGUGAAACUCAUUCUAGUUAUGUGAGACGUACUGGCCGCUUCUCACAUAGCCAAGGCCACGCGUUGGUCUCAAACAUUGCUUACAAUGUUACGCAAACGAAUAACCCGGGCCGAACCAACCAAAAUCAACUCUUAGAAUAUUAGUCCCACCUUAAAAUGUACUUUUUCACGUUACUUUUCUUUCUGUGGGCCGGAUAAUUAACUAAAGGCUAAAUUAAGCACUGGGAGAGUCACAUCAAAAACCUUAUUCCGUAUGAUUUAUUUUUGGAAAGUCUUUUUAUUUUAUUUUUACAUUUAUAAGUAUGUUAUUCAAUGCGUUUCUAUGGGCUUUGGUAGUAAAGGGCAAAUUCAAUAUUUGAUCAAAUCAUUUUUUUAGAGGGUAGGAAAUGCUUAUAUUUGUAAAUUGAAUAAGCCAAUUCAUGAUCAUAUUUGCUUAUUUUUUCCUUGUCAUAGAUAUUCUUGAUUUUGUUACUAAAUUAAUGCAAUGAAAUCACACUUUUACAGUUUAUUUGUAUAUUUUGAUAUCUGUCAUACAAAAUGUUCAGCAUAAAAUGUGAUAAUAAAGAAUCAAUUGAAGCGUUCAAAGAACAUUGUUCGAGUGACUUGUGUAUUGUGUUGUUUGAGUUAACACUCUAAGUUAACACUCUAUGUAUUGACAGCAGGUUUGGAUAAUUUUCUAAUAAGACACCAUGUUGUACAGAUGUUCACAGUUGUUGUUCAUCGAACAGUGAUCGCACACACAAUGACUAUUCCACACAGCCCAUCAUGUCAGGGGGGAUUUUGUUAGGCUCUGGGCGGAUCCUGCUGAAAGCCAGGAGCCUGGGUGUCUCCUAGUGGUAGUACUCAGAGUCCACAUACACUUUGAUGUCAUCAUGCCUUCCUUGAUGCCGGAGAUGGGCAGUGGGGCCUCUCUGGCUACUGCCCUAGAGGUGGCAGACAGGUCCUUAUCACAGGAGGCUUGUAACACCUUGAUUGAGGAGGAUGGGCUCAAUGUAAUGGCUGGAACAGAAUAAUUUGCAUGGUACACUCUUAGAUAAAUGGUUCCAAAAGGGUUCUUCAGCAGCUUCAGGUUCUUCAGGUAGAACCCUUUUUGGUUUCAGGUAGAAACCUUUUGGUUCAAUGUAGAACCCUCUGUGGAAAGGGCUCUACCUGGAACCAAAAGGGUUUUACCCGAAGUUCUUCAAAGGCUCCUACUAUGGGGACAGCUGAAGAACCCUUUUAGGUUCUAGAUAGCACCUUUUUACUAAGAGUGUAUCAAACACAUCAAACACGUUGUUUCCAUGUGUUUGAUACCAUUCCAUUCACUCCAUUCCAGCCAUUAUUAUGAGUCGUCCUCCUCUCACCAGCCUCCUGUGGUGCUUAUGUCCUUCUCUCUCCACUUAUUCAAUAUUCUUUCCUCUCACCUGUGGAUGAAAUAAAAUCCAUGAAGUAUGAAGGAGAAAUAGAACGAUAAAUACAAGGGGAAAGUCACACAAGGUAUCCAUAUCAGUUUAGUUUCACCAUAAAGGUCAAACAAAGUCCAAUGUUGGUCUGUUUGCUCAAUAACUUUUUCUCACUUCCUCAUUCACUUUCGUUAAGACAUCCCCCAGGACACCCUUUUUUGUGUUUCUAUUCAUGUUUUUUUUCUGAGAAUGUUACCUUUACUCCCACUCCCUGUUUCACUUCUUCCACACACACACACACACACACACACACACACACACACACACACACACACACACACACACACACACACACACACACACACACACACACACACACACACACACACACACACACACACACACACACUAUUGUAUAACUAACCAUGUGGGACACACAAUUCAGUCUCAUUCAAAAUCCUAGUUUCCCUAACCCUAAAUCUAACCCUUACCCUUUUUAUUUUUUAUGUUUUAUAUUUGAUCUUUAUUUAACCAGGUAAGCUAGUUGAGAAUAAGUUCUCAUUUACAACUGCGACCUGGCCAAGAUAAAGCAAAGCAGUGCGACACAAACAACAGCACAGAGUUACACAUGGAAUAAACAAGCGUACAGUCACUAACACAAUAGACUAAAAUAAAGUCUUUAUACAGUGUGUGCAAAUGGCGUGAGGAGGUAAGGCAAUAAAUAGGCCAUAGUAGCGAAGUAAUUACAAUUUAGAAGAUUAACACUGGAGUGAUAGAUGAGCAGAUGAUGAUGGGAAAGUAGUGAUACUGGUGUGAAAAAGAGCAGAAAAAUAAAUAAAAACAAUAUGGGGAUGAGGUAAGUAGAUUGGGUGGGCCAUUUACAGAUGGACUACCCUAACUCUAACCUUAACCCCAAAACGAAAACUUAACCUUAACCAUAACCCUGAACCGAACCCAAGCCCCUAACCCUAAAACUAAACUUAGCUCCUAACCAUAACCGUAAACCUAAUUCUAACACUAACACUAAUUCUAACCUUAACCUUCCACACACACACACACACACACACACACACACACACACACACACACACACACACACACACACACACACACACACACACACACACACACACACACACACACACACACACACACACACACACACACACACACACCUUGAUAUGAGAAUGACGUCAUUCUCCCCUUCAUUCCAUUUUCUUUCCUCUCACCUGUGGAUGAAAUAUAGUCUAUGAAGUAUGAAUGAGAAAUAGAACAAUAACAAGGGGAAAGUCAGUGCACAAAGGGAAACAGUAUCCAUGUUAGUUAUAUUACACCAUAAAGAACAUACAAGCAAGGGAGAUCUACUGUUGUAUCACAAUGUGGUAUCAGUUCUGGCUCACAAAUAAGGACUAUGUCUGCUAUGAUGUCUGUGAAAACUUCAUUCAUACCUGCUUUGUAAAUCACUGAACCCUUUCCCAUGAAGGUCUUGUCUUCACAGAUGAUCUAACCAUGCAUGCCAUUGUUGUUAUUAUGUACAUAGUGCUAUUUCUAUUGUUUUUAUCACCCUUUCAAUUAUUUUAUUUUACUAGCUCUGCAUGUUGGAGGUUGAAGCCGAAGAUUUUCACUCUACCCUGCAAUCACACCUGCAACCCUGUUCAUGUGACUAUUAAACAAUCUGAUCUGAAUCUGAAGGAAAUAACUCUCUCCCUGACUCAACAAUCUUCAAUGAAAAUGCACUGAAUUCUAACCUGAGACUUACACAUUAUGGACAGUCUUAUAAUUGUCAUCUCUAUGGGACUGGGUUUCAAUUUCAUCAGUUGGUUUUGUUUCGCUAUUCAUUGGGAGCCUAAACACGUAUCCUCUUGAAAGUUCUAUGCUGCAUUAGAAUUGCAUUAGAUUAGAUUUCUUUACGAACACAUUCCUUUGUAUAAUUUGUCAUCUACUGGACACAAACUGUUAUUACACAAAGUAGACAGAAGUGUCUCUGAGAACUCUGGUUGAGUCAUCUUCCUUGACCAAGGAAUUGAGAGAGACAUUCAGCAGUGGGGAACCACGAGGGUUUUCUAUGCCUUCAAAAAAGCCUAAGGAUUUAAAAUUGUAUUGAUAUAUUUUAAACAAAAUUCUGUUUAAAUUUCUAUGUAAUAUUUACAAUAUUGCCAGUGACUAUUGAAGGUGAGCAUUUGCCCAAUGAAGACGGUUACGACGCAGUUUAAGACCCUGGUGAGGAUGCAGAUGAGAUGCUUUCUGACAGUUUGUGGAACCCACAGCUUCAUCAGCUAUUCGGGUGGCUGGUCUCAGACAAUCCCGUAAGUGAAGAAGCCGGAUGGGGAGGUCCUGGGGUGGUUACAUGUGGUCGGCGGUUGUGAGGCCGGUUGGAUGUCCUGCCAAAUUCUAGAAAACAGUGUUGGAGGCGGCUUCUGGUAAAGAAAUGAACAUUAAAUUCUCUGGUACCCGUUUGAUGUUUGGAUCAGAAUGUUCUUAGUUCUAGGAAAUAAAUAUCUCAGGUCUCGGAAGUUCCCGUAUAUGGUCAGCAUCAAUAUUUUAUUCGGUCCAACUGUGAGAGAGAGAAAACAAGCCCGACUUCCCCCCCAACUCUCUCUCUCUCGCUUCUUCUUUUCUGGCCCUUGUUUUCUGCCCCUUAGUCAACUGUGUGUCAGGUCAACCCAGUCUGUUAAGUUUUCACUUGUGUUGUAGCUGUUUGUGAGAAAUCAAUCUAGACAAAUACCAAUAUGUAUUUUGAACAAAGUUUAGUGAAGUAAAAUACCAGGGAAGUGCUCUUUGGAGCAGGGUGGUAGAACCAGGACUCAGGUGAUCACAGUCCUAUGCUACACUAGUGCUCACUGUGACUGUCUUCUUCCAACAAUUAUCUGAAGUAGAUGUCAAGCUCCUCACAAUGACACUCAAGAUAACCUUGCCAGGAAAACAAAGUGGGUCUACAUUCUCUCAGCUGAGACUCUUUCUUAGUUUCCUGAUGUAUUGCUGGGGUCUAGCUGAUCCAGCAUGUGGGUACUUCUUGAAAAACUGCACAAUCCGGGGUAAUCUCAGUGACAACUUUAACAUGAAAGUACUCUGUUAUAACAGGAAUCUUGAAGUCAUGCCUAUAAAUAUUCCUUGUAAAGUAAGUGUUUUAGAUGUGGCCAUGAAUAAUAUUUCCAAAAUCGGAAAGUUGGAUUUUAAAGGCCUAUCAAACCUCAAAAUUCUAAACAUGUCCAGAAACCAGAUCUCUCAAGUGGACAAUGACGCUCUUUUACCCCUAAAGGCGCUUCGAGAGCUGAAUCUGGCUCAUAACAGACUCACAACCCUGUCAGACCAUUUGUUUCAGGGCCUGGCCAGCCUCUCCCUGCUACAUCUGGACAACAACCUCAUCACAACCAUUGGGUCCUCAUCCUUUCAACUUCUCUCCAGUUUGAAGACAGUGAAUUUAACCAAGAACAGCCUUCAUAAUAUGAAGGAAGUUCAGCCCAUCGUACAAUUACCACACUUACAGGAGUUGUACAUUGGGAGCAACAAAUUCACCUCUUUCCAGUCACAGGAAAUAUCAAACACUUCUAUAGAGCUGAGGCUGUUGGAUUUAUCCCGGAAUCCAUUGGGAAUCUUCAGGAUCACGGCAGAUGUUCUUCCUUACCUUGAGGUGUUAGACAUCGCCUACUGUGGCCAACUUGGACACAUGGAAUGGGAUGUCUUGGACAGAUCUUUUCUGAGAAACGUCAAUUGUCUCAACCUGAGCGGGAUUGAGAUGUCUUUGGAGAGGAUGGGUAUGGUGCUGCAGACUGUCAACUCCUCAUUAGUCCAUCUGAGACUGUAUGACAUUAGUGAAGAGAGGGUCAAGGCUCUCAUUGAUUUUGCCUGCAAUAUACCCACACUUAGAUUGCUCCGACUGCAUCAUAACAACAUAAGUGCUUUGUCUGAGGAAGUUCUGCAGUCAUGUAAACAAGUGACCGAAGUGGACUUAGAAAAUAAUAAUAUUAUUCAGCUGUCGGAGGUAUCAUUCAGAUCAAUGGAGCAACUAAGUACUUUGAGACUGGGCCACAACAGGCUUUCUUCCGUACCAGAUGCCACUAGAAAUAUAUCCACACUAAUGCUCCUGGAUCUCAGCUUCAAUAUCAUCCAUAAACUGGGCUGCUCAGAUUUCUCCAAUCUUACAGGACUCACAGAACUCUUUCUUUUCCACAAUCAAAUCUCCAACCUUCCAGGAUGUGUAUUCCAGGAUUUGAAAGACUUAAGGAUCCUUAAACUGGGAUCAAACAAAAUCCUGACCUUGAAUGAUGACUUCAUGAGUGGUUUGCACAAACUAGAAUUUUUGUCGAUGUCAUACAAUAAGCUGAGCUCAAUCUCUAAAGGAGACUUUAAAGGCUUAGCAUCACUCAAGACUCUGCUUUUAUUUGACAAUCAGAUUGCUAGUCUUGAAGAUGGAGCCUUUGAGGGAUUGGUGAAUCUUACAGAACUUAGACUACAGUCAAAUAAGAUCACUCAAACAGACAUAAGAAAUACUGUGCUGACGGGACUUCCACAAAUAAGAACUCUUGAUAUAUCCUGUAAUUACAUCACAUAUGAAAAUGAUGAUAAAUUAGACCCUCCACCCUUCUCUCAUCUGACAUCUCUGGAGAACCUUUUGAUAUUUAGUCAGCGUCACAAGGGACUGUGUCAUCUACCAAUCAACUUUCUUGAAGGUCUGACAUCUUUAUUGUCAUUCCGGGCAGGGAGUCUUAAUAUUAAGGACCUGCACCCAGACACAUUCAUUCACACACCCCAGUUGUGGUUCCUUGAUAUCAGUAAGAAUGAGUUCACAGCCCUCACUCCAAAGCUGUUUCACCCAACCCCAAGUCUCAACAGACUUUAUCUGCCCAAAGCCCGACUUCAGUCCUUAGAUUUCCUCAUAGGAGCAAACCUCAGUAGAGUAACUUUCUUGCAGGUGAGAAAGAAUGACAUAACAGCAGUCAAUGAGACGGUGUUGCAAUCUCUCCCUGCCUUGACAUACCUGGACAUGCAAGAUAAUCCUUUCACCUGUGGCUGCAGCGAUGCUUGGUUUGUCCAGUGGAUGGAGAGCGACAACCAAACACAAGUUGUUGGUGCAGGAGAAUUUACCUGCAACUAUCCUGCCGAUCUAAAGGACACCAAGCUGUUGGAUGUUGAGCUUCAGUUCUGUACAGUGGACUUAGGACUUUACUACUACAUCUCUACCACUUGUCUGGUCCUCCUCACCCUGAUAGCAUCCUUUGCCUACCACUUCCUGAAAUGGCAGGUAAUUUACGGCUAUUACCUCUUCCUGGCUUUCCUCUAUGACACCAAGCAAAGGAAUAAGCUCACGCCUCAUGGCUGUCAGUACGAUGCCUUCAUUUCCUACAACGCCCACGAUGAGCCCUGGGUCCUGAGGGAGCUUCUGCCAGAGCUGGAGGGAGAGCAGGGCUGGAAGCUGUGUCUCCACCACCGGGACUUCCAGCCAGGCAAACCAAUCAUAGACAACAUUAUGGACGGCAUCUACGGAAGCCGCAAGACCAUCUGUGUCAUCAGCCACCGCUACCUGGAGAGUGAGUGGUGCUCCCGGGAGAUCCAGGUGGCCAGCUUCCGGCUCUUUGAUGAGCAGAAGGACGUCCUGAUUCUGGUGUUCCUGGAGGAGAUCCCUACCCACCAGCUGUCACCCUACCACCGGAUGAGGAAGCUAGUGAAGAGACGCACAUACCUGAGCUGGCCCAGAGUUGGGGAGCACACCGCGGUCUUCUGGCAGCAACUGCGGCUGGCUUUAGAGACCAAGGACGGCCCUGCUGAAGAAAAUCCCAUCCUCUCUGGGGUGCAGGCUCUGUGAUAGUGACAUGUUGAUUUGAAACAACCAUCACACUUUGAACCUUUUCUUUACAUCUGCAUGAGAAUAUCGUUAAGAAAUGCUUACACAUAUGUUAUGACGUUGGCCUGGGGCUUAGGUUUAUGACAGUCAUAAAUACCUCUUCCCCCCUUUUUCCUCUCUCUACCCUACUGAUGUUACAUUUGCAAAACCCUUGGUUAACAUAGAGAUUCUGGGGAAAUUAACUAUAUUCUGGUAAUCUGACCAACUGAACAUAUGCGGUGGUACUUAAUGAAUAUGAUGUCAGUUCGGUUGUCAUCUGAGACAUUCUCAUCAAUGAUAAGAUGACAAACUCUACAGUGGAAAGUCUACACAUCAGAGUUAUCGGAUUCACAUGGAAUUGUUGUUCAAUUUAAAUGUUUGAAUAUGAAAUUAUUUGUGAUAGGAUGAAAUAAAAUUUUAGCUUCUAAAAUGUGAGAUUUGGGUUUUCAUAAAAUAGGGCUCUGCUCAAUCAGUGGCCCGCCCCUGUGAAGGGACAUGGUCUAUAAAUAUUUUCAAACACGCCCUCCUCUCCCUUCCUAUAUAAAGCCUUGAUGACAAUGUAACCUCCUGUUCCCAGGACUUGAGGACGACGGUCCGAUGUCAGAAUGGUUCAGAUAAUAACUACAGAACGAAGCCAACAUCAGCAUGAGCUUUGGUUGCGAUUGGUAUGGACUUUGAACUCUUAUUCACUACAGAAGUGAUACCUCCUAGCCGUUGAGUUAGCAACAGCCGCUGCAAAUGAGGGUUAGGAAGGAACAGACAGACUAUCCCGUCUACCACACAACGACGUUAUACAACAUAUUCAAUUUACCAGCAGAGACAUUCUUCAAAGGACAAAGGACUCGGUUGGGCACACGGCCUUCCAUCUACCACCAACCUACCGAAACUAAGCUCAGAGUAAAUAUUUAUUGCAUUUUCCUUUUUCAAAUUGGCGGUAAUUUAGAAUGCAUAAGAUACUGUAUUUACGAUGGCACAGCUUCGCCCCUUUGUUCCUCAGUCUUCCCGCUCUUUCACUCAAACCCAGCCCUUUUCUUUGUGUAACAGGCUGUCAUAUCUGUUCCGCCUGCUAGGGAUGUUUUCCUUUAUGACGUAAUUUGUAAUCAAGUUAUGAUUUAAUUAUGUGUAUGUGUAAUUCUGUGUGAUUAGUUAGGUAUUUAGUAAUUAAAUAAUUAAACCCAAUUUUGCAUUGCUGAUUCAACUUGUUAGCCAGGGUUCGUACAGAUAACCAAGAAUUUACAACUUUCAGAUGAUGUAACGGUUUUCUUUAGUUGAAGGAGAGGUGGACCAAAACGCAGCGUGGUGGUUAUUCAUGGUACUUUAAUAAAGACCCUACACAUGAACAGACUAACAAAACAAUAAACGUGAAAACCUAAAACAGCCCUAUCUGGUGCAAACACAAAGACAGGAACAAUCACCCACCAACACACAGUGAAACCCAGGCUACCUCAGUAUGAUUCUCAAUCAGAGACAACUAAUGACACCUGCCUCUGAUUGAGAACCAUACUAGGCCGAAACAUAGAAAUACCCAAAUCAUAGAAAAACAAACAUAGACUGUCCGCCCCAACUCACGCCCUGACCAUACUAAAUAAUGACAAAACAAUGGAAAUAAAGGUCAGAACGUGACAGUACCCCCCCAAAGGUGCGGACUCCGGCCGCAAAACCUUAACCUAUAGGGGAGGGUCUGGGUGGGCGUAUGUCUGCGGUGGCGGCUCUGGCGCAGGACGCGGACCCCACUUCACCAAUGUCUUAGUCCGCCUUCUUGUCUGCUUCCGUGGCCUCCUAACCACGGUGACCCUACUAAAUGACCCCACUGGACAGAGGGGCACUGGCGCCUCUGGUCUGACUGGCGGCACUGGCGCCUCUGGGCUGACUGGCGGCACUGGCGCCUCUGGGCAGCACUGGCGGCACUGGGCAGCACUGGCGCCUCUGGGCUGACUGGCGGCACUGGCGCCUCUGGGCUGACUGGCGGCACUGGCGCCUCUGGGCUGACUGUCGGCACUGGCUCCCCUGGCUGACUGGCGGCACUGGCGGCCCCUGGCUGACUGGUGGCACUGGAGGCCAUUGGCUGACUGGCGGCCACUGGCUGACUGGCGGCACUGGCGGCCCCUGGCUGACUGGCGGCACUGGCGGCCCCUGGCUGACUGGCGGCACUGGCGGCCCCUGGCAGACUGGUGGCACUGGUGGCUCCUUGCAGACUGGCAGCACUGGCGGCGCUGGGCAGACUGGCGGCACUGGCGGCGCUGGGCAGACUGGCGGCACUGGCGGCUUUGGGCAGACUGGUGGCUCAGGCGGUGCUGGGCAGACGGGUGGCUCAGGCGGCGCUGGGCAGACGGGUAGCUCAGAUGGCGCUGGGCAGACGGGUAGCUCAGAUGGCUCUGGGCAGACUGGCGACUCUGAUGGCGCUGGGCAGACGUGAAGCUCCGGCAACGCUGGAGAGGAAGGCUCUGGCAGCACUGGACUGAGUAGCUCUGGCUCCUCUGGAAUGAGGGGCUCUAGUGCCUCUGGACUGAGGGGCGGGAGCUCUGGCAGCGCCGACCAGGUGGGAGACUCCGGCAGCGCUGGAGAGGAGGAAGGCUCCGGAAGCACUGGACAGGCGAGGCGCACUGUUGGCCUGAUGCGUGGUGCUGGCACUGGUGGUACUGUGCCGAGGACACGCACAGGAAGCCUGGUGCAGGGAGCUGCCACCGGAGGGCUGGUGUGUGGAGGUGGUGCCGGAUAGACCGGACCGUGCAGGCGCACUGGAGCUCUUGAGCACCGAGCCUGACCAACCUUACCCGGUUGAAUGCUCCCGGUCACCCUGCCAGUGCGGCGAGGUGGAAUAGCCCGCACUGGGCUAUGCAGGCGAACCGGGGACACCGUGCGCAAGGCUGGUACCAUGUAAGCCGGCCCAAGGAGACGCACUGGAGACCAGAUGCAUAGAGCCGGCUUCAUGGCACUUGGCUCAAUGCUCACUCUAGCCCGGCCGAUACGCGGAGCUGGUAUGUACCGCACGGGGCUAUGCACCCGCACUGGGGACACCGUGCGCUCCACCGCAUAACACGGUGCCUGCCCGGUCUGUCUCGCCCCCGGUAAGCACAGGAAGUUGGCACAGGUCUCCUACCUGGCUUCGCUACACUUCCUGCGUGCCACCCCCCAAUAAAUUUUUGGGGCUGACUCUCGGGCUUCCUACCGCGCCGCCGUGCUUGUCUCUCCAACUCCAUUCUCCUAUACCCCUCUUCGCACUGCUCUAGCGAAUCCCAGGCGGGCUCCGGCACUCUUCCUGGGUCGACUGCCCACCUGUCUAUUUCCUCCCAAGUAGUAUAGUCCAUACUCUUGCCGUCCAAAACGUCCUCCCAUGUCCAUUCCUCUUUUCGCUGCUCCUGCUGCCGCUGCCUGACACCACGCCGCUUGGUCCUGUUGUGGUGGGUGAUUCUGUAACGGUUUUCUUUUGUUGAAGGAGAGGUGGACCAAAACGCAGCGUGGUGGUUAUUCAUGGUACUUUAAUAAAGACUCUACACAUGAACAGACUAACAAAACAAUAAACGUGAAAACCUAAAACAGCCCUAUCUGGUGCAAACACAAAGACAGAAUCAAUCACCCACCAACACACAGUGAAACCCAGGCUACCUAAGUAUGAUUCUCAAUCAGAGACAACUAAUGACACCUGCCUCUGAUUGAGAACCAUACUAGGCCGAAACAUAGAAAUACCCAAAUCAUAGAAAAACAAACAUAGACUGCCCACCCCAACUCACGCCCUGACCAUACUAAAUAAUGACAAAACAAAGGAAAUAAAGGUCAGAACGUGACAGAUGAGACUGAAUUAAGGUAACGAUUAAUAUUGACUGCUAUUGAUGUAAAAUAUUACUAGGUCUUUAAGAGUUUAUUCGGAAUAUAACAGCUCUAUAAAUAUUAUUUUGUGGUGCCCGACUCUCUAGUUAAUUACUUUUACAUGAUUAGCUCAAUCAGGUAAUAGUAAUUCCGGAUAAAUAAUUUUAUAGAAUAGCAUGUCAUGUUACUUAAUCCGGCAUAGCCAAAGGCACGACAUUAUUGGAGCCCCCUGAUAGGAAUCUAAAAUAUAAUGAUGCUUUCAUUUUGAUUCAGCCUGUAUAGAAUAGAAAAGCAGAUUACAUAAUAUACAGUGCCUUGCGAAAGUAUUCGGCCCCCUUGAACUUUGCGACCUUUUGCCACAUUUAAGGCUUCAAACAUAAAGAUAUAAAACUGUAUUUUUUUGUGAAGAAUCAACAACAAGUGGGACACAAUCAUGAAGUGGAACGACAUUUAUUGGAUAUUUCAAACUUUUUUAACAAAUCAAAAACUGAAAAAUUGGGCGUGCAAAAUUAUUCAGCCCCUUUACUUUCAGUGCAGCAAACUCUCUCCAGAAGUUCAGUGAGGAUCUCUGAAUGAUCCAAUGUUGACCUAAAUGACUAAUGAUGAUAAAUACAAUCCACCUGUGUGUAAUCAAGUCUCCGUAUAAAUGCACCUGCACUGUGAUAGUCUCAGAGGUCCGUUAAAAGUGCAGAGAGCAUCAUGAAGAACAAGGAACACACCAGGCAGGUCUGAGAUACUGUUGUGAAGAAGUUUAAAGCUGGAUUUGGAUACAAAAAGAUUUCCCAAGCUUUAAACAUCCCAAGGAGCACUGUGCAAGCGAUAAUAUUGAAAUGGAAGGAGUA